AUGGUACCGGUUGGUUCCCCUUUUUGGCAUAAUCUCCUCCACAUUUCUUUCAUUUUCCUUUUGCUUCCACAAUGUUGUUUCUGCGUUAGUGAACUUGACGCACUGUUGAUGCUCAAGAAAGCCAUGAUUGGUCCCAAAGGUUCAGGGCUAGAGGACUGGGAGCCCUCUUCUCACCACUACUGCUCCUUCUUUGGAGUUUCAUGUGACCAGCAAUCACGAGUUGUUGCUCUCAACUUGUCCGGUUUGCCUCUGUUUGGCUCGAUUCCGGUGGAGAUUGGGCUUCUGAACAAGCUCGUCAACCUCACCAUUGCUGAAGACAACUUGACAGGGAGUCUUCCCCUGGAGAUCGCCAACCUGACUUCUUUAAAGCUCUUGAACAUCUCCAACAACUUGUUCAGUGGAAGAUUUCCCGGAGAAGUCACGCUCAGAAUGACAGAGCUUGAGGUUCUCGACGCGUACGACAACGACUUUAUUGGGAAUCUUCCCCUUGAGAUCGCCAGUCUUAGAAGGCUCAAACAUCUACAUCUUGGCGGGAACUUCUUCACUGGAGAAAUUCCCGGAAAUUAUUCAAAGAUUCAAAGCUUAGAAUAUUUGGCCCUCAACGCUAAUUCGCUUGCCGGAAAAUUUCCGGCCAGCUUGGCUCGGUUGAGGAAUCUCAAGGAAUUGUACGUCGGGUACUAUAACAAUUUCGACGGUGGAAUUCCACCUGAGUUGGGAUCGUUGAGGUCGCUGCAAGUUCUAGACAUGGCCAGCUGUGGCCUCUCCGGCACGAUACCGACGACUAUGGGCUUUUUGAAGAACGUACACUCGUUGUUUUUAAAGGCUAACCAUUUCAGUGGUAAUAUACCUCCAGAACUUUCGGGUAUGGCAAGCCUGAUGAGUUUGACCCUCUCUAUAAAUGAACUCACCGGUGAAAUACCAAAGAGUUUCUCAAAGCUCAAGAACCUUACACUUCUCAAGCUGAAUGAUAACAACCUCUACGGCCAGAUACCCAACUUCAUUGGUGAUCUUCCUCAUCUGGAGGUGUUUAGCGUCGGGAACAACAACUUUACAUUUGCUCUACCGGAGAGUCUUGGCCGGAAUGAAAGACUUAUGUACCUCAAUGUAACCGGUAACCACCUCACCGGGUUGAUUCCUCGUUAUUUGUGCAAAGGAGGGAGGUUGAGGAAGUUGAUUCUAAUGGAGAACCACUUCUCUGGGCCGAUUCCGGAAGCAUUGGGCCGGUGCAAGUCGCUCAUUGAAAUCAGAUUGAUGAAAAACACACUCAACGGGACUAUUCCUGCUGGAAUCUUGAGCUUUCCCGAUGUGAUCAUUAUUGAGCUCAACGAUAACCACUUAUAUGGAGAACUUCCGUUGCAGAUGUCUGCUCCCUCACUCGAAAUCCUCACACUUUCCCGGAAUCAUAUUUCUGGAACAAUUCCGUCCUCCGUUGGAACAUUCAAGAAUUUACAGACUCUUUCGCUGGAUAUGAACAGAUUCUCCGGGCAAGUUCCAAAAGAAAUCUUCAGUUUACAAUCGUUAAACAGACUCGACAUGAGCAGCAACAAAUUCGGUGGUGAAAUUCCGGCUGCAAUUUCUGAUUGUUCCUCUCUAACGUCCCUAGAUUUAAGUCAAAACACUUUGGUUGGGGAAAUCCCAAGAGGGAUAGGCAAACUGAAAGUAAUUGAGUUUCUUAAUUUCUCAGGGAACAAGCUAACAGGUCCAAUACCUGUGGAAUUCAGAUACAUGGCGAGCCUCACAACUUUGGAUCUCUCCUAUAACAAUUUCACUGGUACGAAUCCAACCGAAGGAAAUCCCAAUCUGUGUUCGCCCAGAAAGGUGUUCUGCAGCUCCUAUAACCACCCACGACCUGGAGACCAUAAAGUCAUCAUCGCUGGACUCACUGGAGCUCUGCUAACUUUGCUACUCAUGUCGCUUCUCAUAUAUGUACUUAGCUGGGUUUAUAGGAAGAGAAAGAUCAGAAUUAUUGAGAAAUGUGGCUCUUGGAAGCUCACAGUUUUCCAAGUACAGCUUGAUCUCAAUAUAGAGGACGUUCUCCAGUGUCUAAACGCGGAGAACAUUAUCGGCAGGGGCGGUGCUGGAGUUGUCUACAAGGGGACAAUGCCAAACGGUGGUGAUGUCGCCAUCAAACGGUUGAAGAGGGAUCAGGGAUUUUCGGCUGAAAUCAAAACAUUGGGACAAAUCAAGCACCGGAAUAUAGUGAGGCUGUUGGGGUACAUGUCAAACAAGGACACAAAUUUGUUGCUGUACGAGUACAUGCCUAAUGGUAGCUUGGGACAACUUUUGCAUGGGUCUAACGGAAGGCAUUUGGAGUGGGAAAUGAGGUACAAGAUUGCUGUGGAAGCUGCAAAGGGAUUGUGUUAUCUCCACCAUGAUUGCUCGCCUCUGAUUAUACACAGGGAUAUAAAGUCCUAUAACAUCUUGCUGGACUCUAAUUUCGAAGCCCAUAUUGCUGAUUUCGGACUUGCCAAGUACUUUCAAGGACCAACAGAUUGCAUGUCUUCGUUUGCUGGUACCUUCGGUUACAUUGCCCCAGAGUACGGUCACACAAUGAAAGUGGAUGAGAAAAUUGAUGUGUAUAGCUUUGGUGUGGUUCUGCUGGAACUAAUAACAGGGAGGAAACCAGUGGUGGAACUAGUGGAAGAAGUUAUGAACAUAGUAAGUUGGGUAAGGAAAACCACAUCAGAAAUCCCUCAGUCAUCCACUACAUCAUCUGUACUCACAGUAGUGGACUCCAGGCUCAGUGGGUUCCCACUGGCAAGUGUCGAGCAUGUGUUCAAGAUAGCAAUGAUGUGCGUUGACAAUCACAGCCCUGCAAGACCUACGAUGAGGGAAGUCGUCUACUUCCUCACUAAUCCUCCUAGUUCAGCUCCAGGCUUGACAAACCCUUAG